AACCCUUCACAUGGAAAAUUUCGGCAUAGACAUCGGCGAUCACAAGACAGUCCUGACAGGGUCAUCGCGCAACGGCCGCAUACUCAUAGACGAGCUUAACAAACGAACGAUACCUACGUGGUUUCAGCUCAGUCACCCGCAACGUAAGUUUGGAAACAAUGUGGGCGGGUUCAAACGGCAAGAUAUGGCAGAGCGGUACAGGCACUUCACAGGUGACCAGAAGCUGCUCACCAUGUACUUCUGCUACUUGCACAGGCUGAUAUUGCAGAACAUGGACCGACAGCCCGUUGGUUUCAAGCCCAACGUAACGAUUGGUACACGGUGCACGAGUCUUAAGGGGAUAGGUGACGUGAUGAUGUGUGCGAGGGCGGCCGAUCUGAAUGUUGUGGGUGUGUACGACGACUUGACAUGUGCUGCUGCACACCUGUCGUUGAAGGUAAAGGCACACGAGCGCUUCAUAAUGAUUGAUCUGGGACACGCGCACAGUGCGAUUGGUUGUUUUACGUUCGUGGAUGGAAAGGUAAAGGCGAGAUGCAUCGAGCAGAUCGAAGUGGGAGGGGGCAGUUUUGAUGAAAGGCUGCUGUACCACAUCCUUGAGCAGUGCGAUCUUGAGAAGGAGGAGGUCGGCCAGGAAAGACGGGAUGAGAACGGGAUGUACUGCGGUAUAGCGGUGAACAGGACCGAUUACAAACCGCACAAGUACAAGGAGACGUACAAAUACCUCGUUCUGAGGGACACGGUAAUAUUAAAGCUGAAGAAGUAUAAAAUGAUAUUGAGCAACACUCCCGUGUUGGAGGAUGUGCUGGAGGUAGGCGAUGAUUUGUACGAGAUCCGGAUAGACCAGAAUGACUACCAGGACAUGAUCAAGGAGUAUAUCGAAAGGAUAGGUACGUUCAUUCAAGAACGCGUUGAGGAGUAUGUGAAGGACAGGAACUACUUUUGCGACUAUGAAAGCGCUGUCGUUGAGGUUGUGGGUGGAAACAGCAACAACUCGUUUGUCAGGGAGAUGCUUGAUCAGCUGCCUGUAAAAGUAAGACGAAGCUGCGACAGCCACGAAAGUGUCGGCUUUGGUGCAGCCGUUGCCGGUGCACUGCCGUUCUAUACCACGACCAUGAGGGUCAUGGACGCCCUGGUCGGUGAUAUACGGCUGAAUGGCGAGGUGAUUUUCAAAAAUGGCGAUUUUAUGGAGAAAACAGUGGAGGUGAACCGUGAAGGAGACGAAAUAUUCUGGUGUAUGGACCGCGAUGAUGCAGAUGAGCACGAAGACGAUGAGGACAAGGUUCUUAGGGUCAGGGCAUCGGCAGGAAGUACGUUUACGUUCACUCAUCUGGAUGAUAUGUUGCUGGAUGAAGCGAUGAAUACGCCCUUUACAGCGGUGUUCACGAGAAAUAAGCAGUUGCAGAUCAAGGGGCACAAUUUUGAAGCGGACUGCUCACAUCUCCUCAAAUUAGAGGAGGAAUUCCGGCAGCGAGAGAUAGAAAUAGAGCAAAUCGGCAAUCUCACCAAUGAAUACCAGCUGUACCUGGAGAAGCUCCAGGAAAUUAUGAACAAGCCAAUCUAUUACACGCUGUUCACCGAGGAUGAGCUGAGCGAUGUGUGUAACCUCAGCAUUGAGUUCAUGUACCUGCCCGUAUGCGACACGUUGAAAGACGAGAAGAAGAAGGUUGGCGAGUACAACGACAGGAUUGAUAAGUUUGUCACGCGAAUGAAGGAAUUAAUGGAUUGCAAGAAGAAGGCAGUGCACGAAAGAAUUGAGGCUAGUCUGAAGAACCUGAAAGAAGUAAAAAUUUGCACGCCAGCGGUCUACAAACUGCAAUCGAGGCUUAACGGAGACAAGGACCUGCUCAGCAAGUGUACAUUUGAUGGCAAUGUGGACAUUCUGAAUUUGGAGAAGCUGGACGAGGACAUUGUUAGGAUGGAACUUGAGAUUGAAAAAGAGGUGAAGGAAAGGGAACGAGAAAAGGCUGAGAGAGAGGAAAGGGAGAGAAUCGCGAAGGAGAAGCUGAGAGAGGCCAAGGAAGAGAGUGGAGAGAGUGCCAAGAAUGACAAGGAGCGUUCCAAUGAAAGUGCAGAAUCAGGAAACAGUGGUACGGAUGAAAACAAGAACGAAGAUAAGGAACUAAAAAGUGAUGUAGAGCCCUUGAACAGGGGUGAGAAGACGAGGACAAAUGAGAGGGCUGCUGGUUGAGUGGAUUAUUAAAGUUGUUUUUAGGGA